AUUUACAAGGGGGGAAAAAAGGACAGUGAGAGAAUAUUCGGUGUGAUUCUCCGAAUACAGAGCGUCAAGACUCGAGACUCGAGUGUUACUGUUCCUACUCCAAGUGAUACCCUCUUUCGUUCGCGAGAAAUGGCGCGAAAUUUGCAUCUCUCUCUCUAAUUCCACAUGCUCACCAUUCCCAGAUUUUUCGUCAUCGGUAACACUAGUCUACCCUGCAUUGUCUCCAAUUCCUUUCGUAUUCGUUCCUUUCUGAGUUCAACUCGUUUCUUUUGUUCCUCUUUCGAAAACCCUCCUCUUAUGGCUCCUCCGUCUUCUUCAUCCUCGAUUAAAAUCUCGGCGGAGUAUGCCAAGUCGAAUCGGUCGACAUGCAAGAAGUGCUCCCAAAAGAUUGAUGCCAAAUCACUGAGGUUGGCUCUGGUGACCAAAGACAAUCGGGGGUACGACUUAGUCAAAUGGCAUCACCUUGAUUGCUUCCCUUUUGAUUCGACUGCACUUGCCUCGCCUAUGUCCAUUGAGGGGUUUUCGUCGCUGGAGAGUAGUGACAGGGAUGACAUCAAGAAGUUUUUGGCUAGACAUGACAAGUCUCAAGAGGUUUGCAAGGCAAGCGAAGGCGUACAAGACAAACUACAAGAAAGUGAUUCAAAGAGUACAAAGGUUCAUGAAACAACAGAAGACAUACAAAAUGAAGUACAAGAAAGUGUUACAAAAAAAAGAAAGGUAGUCAUUGACUUUUCUGCUUCUGAUGUCAAGAACAAGUACAAGGAUGCUAUCCUUUCACCAAAAUGGAAGGCAUUCAAGAGUGUCAUAUUUCUUGAACAGGAUGAUGGUCUUCAUGCUUCAAGCAAGAUUGCUGCAUUUGAUUUUGAUGGAUGCCUUGCAAAAACUGCUGUGAAUAUAUCAGGUGCAGAUGCUUGGUCCCUCAUGUAUUCUUCAAUUCCUGAUAAACUACAAAGCCUAUACAGUGAUGGUUAUAAACUGGUCAUUUUUACAAAUGAAUCCAAUAUUGAACGUUGGAAGAACAAGAGACAGGCGGCUGUGGACUCAAAAGCUGGCCGUCUAAAUAAUUUUAUCACGAAAGUGAAGGUCCCAAUUCAGGUUUUCAUAGCUUGUGGACUUGGUAAAUCAGGCAAAGCUGUCAACAAAGAAGAUGAUCCAUUUCGCAAACCCCAACCAGGAAUGUGGCACCUUAUGGAGCAACACUUCAACUCUGGCAUUCCAAUAGAUAUGGAUCAAUCCUUCUAUGUUGGUGAUGCAGCUGGGAGAAAAGAUGAUCACAGUGAUGCUGAUAUUAAAUUUGCGGAGGUAGUGUAUUCGUUUCUAAUAUCGGAAUUACGAUCAUGCUUCAAUUUCAUCGACGAUUACAUAUUUCUUUUCUUCGGAUAUUAUUGUUAUUUCCUGACUGCUAAUCUUCUUGAAUCUGCCAGUUUACUAAAGUAAUCAGUUUUCAUCAAUAGUACAUAAGUUAUGGUUUAUGAAUAGCAACAAGAACGCAUAUAUCUGUCUGCUUCAGCCAUUUGAGGAUAUUAUUUUCUUAAGCUACUUAUUCACUUUAUGAAGUUGGGUGCUUUUGCCUUCAGACUCCAGUUAACAACAUCUACAGAGAAUCCUAGUUAUUCUCAAAACUUUUCAUUGUUAGAUUUAGAUAGCUUCUGAUAAUUGGAAAGCAGGCUGGAUUGAGUAACGAUGAGAAUGAUGUUCAGUGCGCGCAGGCUCGAUCGAUCUUUUGCAUGUUUGUUACCCACUUACCUGAAGUUAUCGAUUUGGUGC